GGCGAACGAAGGCUCGCUGCUUGAAAUCAGCCUGUUAUCACGUAUGAAAUCCAUGCGUGAUACGGUUUGGGUAGUACGGUUGGGAAAAUAUCACGAGGCAUGCCUGAAACGGUGCUUCAAGGCUGCCCUGGCAUAGGUACUUAUUAUAUCAAGUCUCGUUAACGGAGAUGUUCAUUCACUCGUACUCCUAGAUGACCAGUGUAGUUCGUGCAACUCGUGACGCUCCGAUUGACCCCGUAUCACCGUGCUGAGAGGUGCCAGUGAGAAACCGGCGUGGUCUGUCGUAAAAUGUGUUUAACUUCGUACCAUUUAGAUCCGUGUCGCGUAAUGAAAACUCGAACUGUUCAUCGAUACGAGUGAUAAAUAUGGCAGCGCUCGUUCGUCUUAAACGGGGAAGCGUUCAAUUGAGACACGCGGCGCUGGAAAUGAAAGCGGCUGUGCGAGCGCGACACGUCGUUGCUGCGCUCGUUGCAGUGGGAUUUGCACUUUGCGGUGCAGUGGAAGUGAGUUCCUCGGUCGCAUUGCUUGCCAAUCAAAAAGACAAUCAUGCCAUCAUCGACACGUCGUGGCACUGCGAAAUGUUGGUCAACGUCAGUAGCCGUAACCGUACCGAAGACUUCGAAGUUAUACUGAUGGAGCUGCCACCGGAAGAGCGUGCAGAAUCCAUAAUGAGAGAAGCGUUUCUAUGGGGCCAAGUGGCCGGUCCGAUUUUAGGAGGAUGUCUAGUCUGGGGAAGAUCAGGCCCAUCCGUUGUGUUUUCGCGUGCGGUUCUCAGUGCUUGUCUGGCAUCUUUGUUGGUCCCAGCCGCAUGGAGAAGUCCGUCUCACGUAGCGCUUCGUCUCUUUCAGGGAUUAUGCACACUGUCAGCGUUGGGUACUGCCUCACGGGAUGGUUAGGCACGGCUGUCGUUCGAAGUUUUGGUCGAGAUUCGCUCUGUUACGGUCUCGUUUGCAUCGCACUGUGUUGGUACUUCGCUUUCGGCCGAUUUGUCAAAGACACGCCAAAAUCCUACCAGCACGAUACAAAUGCUGCCGUGAUUCCAUGGGGAAAGUUACUGCGAUCAGUUCCUGUUUGGGCAUCUGCUGUAGCAACCAUGGGGAAUCAAUGGGGCGAUGCGACGCUUGCUCUUGGUAUGACAAAAUAUCUAAAACUCAUUUACGGAUUUUCAACGGCUAAUGACUCUGUUCUGACGACGUUACCGCACAUUGGCCAUUUCAUGGCUGCGUUAACGUGUGGUCUCCUCGUGGAUCACGUUCGCGAGUCGAAAAUUGUUUCGACGACCACGGCUAGAAAGUUGGUCGUAUACACUGCUCACUUCAUCCCCGCUGCCCUGCUUUUCGUCGCUGGCUAUGCCGGUUGUCAAGCGCUAGGUGCAGCUUGGUUGGGCAUUGCCGCUCUCCUCGUCUCUGGCACCGCACCAGCCGGUGCUCUAGCCGCUAUAGCAGACCUUGCUCCUGUAGAAUCGCCGGCCUGUGCGGCAGCUGCCUGCGCACUGUGCUCCACUCUAGGCGCAGCCGGCCUAUUGGCUGCUAAUUACUUUGUCACUCAGGCUCUUCACGGUUCUAUCGCCGGCUCGUGGCGGCUGGUGUUCGGCGUUGCUUCCGUCGUUUUGUUAACGACCGCCGCGGUUUUCUUGGCGCUUGGAAAAGGCGUGCCGCAGCCGUGGAUUCCUUCCGUAGCUCGGCCGCGAAGUCACGACGCAAUUUACGAGCAAGACGCCUUGGAACUCGAUUACGAGGACGUCGGUGUACAAACCGAGCCUUUCAAUCCGUACCCGCUCGAGGAGGACGCCGAAAGCGCGAAAAACCUGCCGCGUUCAGCCUCCAUAGACUCGAAGGUCUCGCAGUCGUCCAGUUAAGCUCGUUAAACGAAUUAACUUCACCUUGUUUCACGAUCCUCGACGGAUGCUUCAUUCACCGAGGAUUUGAUAUUU